CUUUUGGCGCGGAAACUCAAUCUCGAGCUGGGAGCCUUUGCGUGUAGAAUUAUUAUUAUACUCCGAAAUACUUACCUUGCCAAGGAAACGUCGAACCCUCUUCCGGAGCACCAGGGGAGACGUGAUCACUCCGGAGCACGGCGGCACACACGCACGCACACACUCUGACAGUGUCACUCAUACAUAUUCACUCAGUGUCUCACACACACACACACAUUCACUCACUCAGUGUCUCACACACAGCUUCACACACUGUACUGGAAGCCGACAUGCUGCGCAAAAAGAGACGGUCUUCUGUGGACGAGGGUGACAGAAGCGCAGAGUCCAAGUCAAAGAAGAGUCGCUCAACAGGGCGUGCUGCUAAAUCCACCGUGCAGGAUGAGGCGGUCCGUCGAAACGUCUUCACGCAGGUCCUGCGGGAGGCAGGAAUUGCAUUGAGGCAGAGUAACACACCCAAUGAGAUUGACGUAGACCAAGCAGUUUUCCAGAAGCGAGUGCACCAGCUCCUCAGGAAGAGUCCACAAUACCCAAAUAUAAUCCAGGAGUUUGUAUCUGGGUUGGAGUCUCACAUUGAGGACCAGGAGAAUUUUAAGAACUGCCUUCUUCCUUGCGUCCCUCGCUCAUCGGAUGGGGACUCCAGCUCAGUGUGCUCGUAUCAGGAAAGUCUUAUACGACUCCUGUUGGGAGUUGAGAUACUGCAGCCUUCCAUUAUAAAGACUUUGUUUGAGAAGCUACCUGAGUUCCUGUUUGAUGGCAUGGGAGAGAAUGGGGUAAAUAUUCCACGCAUCAUAGUGAACCAACUCAAGUGGCUUGACAGAAUCAUGGACAGCAAGGAUUUGGCGGGAAAGCUGAUGGAGUUGGUCAGUGUUGCGCCGGUGGAACUCCAGCGCGAUAUCAUCGUUAGCCUGCCCGAGAUCCUCGAGGACUCUCAGCAUAACGACGUUGCUCAGGAGCUCAACUCUCUGCUUCAGCAAAACACCCAGCUGACUGUGCCUGUCCUGGAUGCCCUGUCCAGUCUCAAUCUGAACCCUGCGCUGUUGGCCGAGGUGCGCAGCGGUGUCAUGGCCACCCUCACUGCUGUGUCGUUGGAGGACCUGCCGGUCAUAGUGAAGUUCAUCCUGCACACCGUCUCUGCCUCCGAGGCUAACGAGGUGGUGUCUGACCUGCGCAAGAAGCUGGAGCUCGAGUUCUGUGUGUCUCCCGCACUGACCCAGGCUUCCCAGCAGUGUGUCAAGGCAAACAGAACAAAAGGAAACUCCAAGUUUACAUCAAGCAGCGAUAACCAGGGCUGUGUCGGUCUGGUCUUAGAUACCAUAAAGUCGGCCGUCCGCUUUCAGAAGACCAUCUCAGAGGCCUGGUUGAAGGCCAUUGAGAAUGUUGUUGAAACAGAGGAUCACAAGGUGACUGAUCUCCUGGUGCUGUUCAUUUUGCACACCGUCAAUGCUAACCACAGCCGGCGAGGCGCUGAGAGGGUCCUGCGGAUCAAAGUCAGAGGGGGUCAAAUUCGUGAGACUCUCCUGCAGAGAACAUUUCGGGGUUAUGCUGACGUGAUGCGGAACUACUUCCCAUCCAUACUGUCCCUGGCCCAGGGUCUACUCCGCUCUCCAGACCCCUGUGUGGUGCCCUUUGGUGCCCACAUGUACAAGCAUGCGUUCAGCACCUUCGACUCCUACUGCCAGCAGGAGGUGGUCAGUUCCCUGGUUACCCACAUUUGCAGCGGCCUGGGUGGAGAGGUGGACGCUGCUCUGGAGCUGCUGUGUGAGCUAGUGGUCCAGCGGCCGGACGAGAUGGCUCUCUAUGCUGUCUUCGUCAAGGGCAUUCUGGACUACAUGGAGAACUUGACACCCCAGCAGAUCCGCAGACUCUUCUGUGUGCUCAGCUCGCUGGCUUUUGGGAAGGAACAGCAGGGCAGCCAUAUCCAGGAUGACAUGCACAUAGUGAUCAGGAAGCAGCUUUCCAGCACCGUCUCCAAGUACAAGCGCAUCGGCAUCAUUGGUGCUGUCAUGGUGGUGGGCAGGAUGAGCUCCUGCAGGGACAAUUCUGGAAGCAUCUCUGCCUCCCAAGCUGGGACACUGAAAGACAAGGAAAGACAAAGACAGGUGAUGGCCUUGCUGGAGCUGGUGAAGUCCUGCAGUGAGGGCUCCCCCGAGGCAGCUGCUCUCUACUAUGAUGAACUGUCAAACCUCCUGCAGACCUGCACCUUGGAUCUUCUCGUUCAGGAGUGGAUAGGGAAGAGUGUGCUGGAGGACUUCCAGGAGGAUUUUGUGAUAGACUUGACCCCAGACAUAUCAGGCAAUUUCCCCUUCCCUGCUGCUGCCAUGUAUAACCUGGAUGAGGAUGAGAGCCAGGGGGGCAUCGCCAUCAACCUUCUUCCGCUGCUGGCUGAUGCAUUCUGCUAUAAGGGAGAGCAGUGGACUCAGUCACAAGACAAAGACAAGAAGCGGGUGUCUCCCCUCUGCCUGGCCUCUUUCUUCCGUCUUCUCAGGCUGUGUGAGGAGAACCAGCACAAAGGAGACCUGGAGGAGAUUGAUGCCCUGCUUGGUUGUCCCAUCAUGUUGACGGACCUGGAUGUGGUGGAGAAAGUAGAGAGCCUGUCGAAACCUGAAAGGGAGUUUCUGUGUUCACUGCUCUUCUACACUAUCAACUGGUUUAGAGAGGUUGUGAAUGCAUUCUGUCACCAGAAAGACCCCGAGAUGAAGAUGAAAGUGGUGACGCGUCUGCAGAACAUCACCUACCUGCAAACGGUUCUCGAGAGAGCGCUGGCAGCUACCCCAGGAUUUGUGCCCCCCCCUGCCAACUUUGACGGUGAUGUGUCAGAGAGGCCAGUUGUGCCUUCUGUUGCAAUCCCUGGCAAGAAAGGAAACAAAGAGAAAGCUGGACGGAAGCGGAAAACCUCGGCAAGUAAGAGCUCAUCUGGUGACGGUGCGCAGCUGGAGGAAGGAACAGAGGCAGACGAGUCCCAGCAGGAGUGUUCACUAAAAGAGAAGGAAAAGGAGUUCAGGCUGGGAGUGAGUCUGGCCUCAUACCGGCCCUUCUUUAGGGAGCUCGAUGUGGAAGUGCUGGGUGUGCUGCAGUGUGGCCUGCUCUCCCGGUCAUUGCUGGACACAGAGCUCCACAGCAGGGAACGGGAGGAGGUACAGCUGGGUCCCGCAGAGUUAGUCUUCCUGCUGGAGGACAUGUUACGGAAGUUGGACUUCAGCCUUGCCCCUGUCAAAAGGGCCCCUUUUCUCAAGUCAAAGUCGGACAGGAGCGUGGGCUUCUCUCACCUGCAGCAGAAGAGCCCGCAGGACAUUGCCAUCUCUUGUGUACAGCUGCUGCCCACCCUGUGUGCCCACCUGGAGAACUGCCACAACCACUUCCAGGCGCUGAUCUCUGCCAACCAGGGGGUGGUUGAUGCGCCAGGCGUGGAUGAGAAUGAUCACCAGCUCAUGUCCUCUGUGUACCAGUUGCUUCUGCAGGUCCUACACACCACCUUCAGCUGGACCGGAUUUUGCCAGCACGAGCAUCACUCCAAGCUUAAAAGUGCCCUGGCAGUGCUAGCGGGUCGCCUGAAAGAAGGCGAGGCGAACCUGCCCCUGGAGCAGCUGGUCAGGCACAGCUUCGAGUACCUGGUGAACUUUGGCAGCACUGUGCCCAGCCUCAGCUCUGCUCUCUCGCUCACUCAGCUCCUCAUUGUGGUAUCAGAGGGCAGAACAGCAAACCAGACAGCCUUCAGAGAACACAUAGCCUCUCUUGCCCGGCGCUUCCUGUGUCAGGAGUGGGUGACCCCCACAGGGGAGCGGGAACGAGGGGUCAAACACAACGAAGCCCUGCAGGCUGUGCUCAGCAUCUACCUGGAGCGCACAGGCGAUGUUUUGAGGGCAGUGGAGGAGAUUGUGGGUGAAGGGAUCCCUGAGCUCAUGAAUGCCGCCAAGGAUGGGAACUCCAAAACCUUCCCUACCCUCACCAGGCAGACCUUCCUAGUUUUUUUCCGGGGGACAAUGGCCAUACUGGAGAGGUCUGUGCGCAGGAUUCCUGCGGCCAAACAGGACGACAGCAACGAGGUCCAGACUGAGAAACUGCUGACCUGGAACCUGGCUGUCAGAGACUUCCACAUGCUUGUCAAUCUGGUCAAGGUGUUUGACAGCAGGCCAGUGCUUACCGUCUGCCUUAAGUACGGUCGACUCUUCCUGGAGGCUUUCCUUAAACUGGGGAUGCCUUUGCUGGACUACAGUUUUAAGAAGCACAAGGAAGAUGUGCAGAGCUUGCUGAAGACCUUCCAGCUGAGCACAAGACAGUUGCAUCACAUGUGUGGCCACUCCAAGAUCCGGCAGGACACGGGGCUCACGAACCACGUCCCGGCACUGAAGAAGAGCCUCGAGCAGUUUGUAUACCGGGUAAAGGCCAUGUUGGUGCUGAACAACUGUCAGGAGGCCUUCUGGUUGGGCAACUUGAAGAAUCGCGACCUAAAGGGUGAAGAGAUCCUCUCUCAAAGGUCACGGGUCAGCGAUGAAGAAGGGGAGGAACAGACCUCUGAGCUCCCAGAGGAAGGUUCUGAUGACGAGGGCCAAAGGAGAUCCUCAGCGGCGAGAAAGAAAGGCACCGACCGGGAGACCUCUGACGACUCGGACUGAAUCGGUGCCAAAGACAACGGACGACUGCACCGUCCACUUUAGCGCCGACAUCGCGUUUGUGUUUCCCAUAAUGCUCUUCGUGUCGUAUACGUUCCACCGCCAGGGAUAUAUCAGUGACGCUAUGAAGGUCGCCCUGUUGCCACUGCUGAAUGUACAGGAAUCCAGGGAAGAGAGAUUCUGCUCGGUUCAUAUGUACAAGAGUGUUGUGACCUGAGCAGGAGAGAAGAAGAUGUUUUUUUUACACCAAGUACCUUCUAGAAAGUUUCUGCACUGGAGCCCUGAAGUGACACAAGUGAACAAAUUAUGAGCAGCCCUUAAAGUUCCUGUGCAAAAUGAGUUAACUAGCGGUGAGACUGAGCAAGUGUCAUGUUUUGUUCUGUUCUGUUUAAAGCCUCUUUAAAGUUUUUGCUAAUGGGUUUUCCCUCAACUAAGGGUGUGUCUUUAUAUUGUAAUAUUCAUUAAAAGCGCGAACAUGA